AUGACGCCCUACACCUCACUCGACAUGGCCGAUAAAGUUUGGUAUUUUGCCUACGGUUCGAAUAUGAAGUCCUCCGUUAUGGAGCGACGGGGAAUGAAGCCCCUUGCUGUCAAACAGCUUGUCAUUCCCUCACACAUACUCACGUUCGACAUCUUCGGGGUUCCGUACACUGAGCCAGCCAUGGCAAGCAUUGCUGAACGCGAGACACUUACGGGACCCCAGCGAGCGGGCCGCGACAAACACCAGCAGCCUCCCCCACCCGUGCACGGCAUCGGCUACCUCCUGUCAGCAGGCGACUUCAAGAAUCUGGUGGUCUCCGAAGGCGCCGGCACGGCUUACACCGAAGUGGAGUUACAGGCUCAGAUCCUUGGCCCCAGCGAACGCGGAGGCGACUCGCUGCCGGUCCGCACCCUUGUCGGCCGGUAUCCUUUCCGGCCCAAUCCGCUGCCAAGUGCACGCUACCUUGGUCUUUUGAUUGACGGAGCGCAAGAGCAUGACCUUCCCGCCUCAUACCGAUACUACCUCGCAUCCCUGCCGAGCUACACAAAGUCUCUGUCUCCGGUAGAGGCCUUCGGUGCACGCCUCUUCCUUGGCUUUUGGAUGCCAAUCAUUACUUGGACCAUGAAGCGCAUCAAGACUGCCGCCCGGGACACAGAAUCGGGCCGAUCGAACUCGCAUGGCCACAAUGACUUUGCCUACAUGGUGCGAGGAUGGUACCGGAACAACCUGAGUCAACCAGACUUUGACAUCCAUGCCAUGCCAAUCGGGCAGACCGACAUCAGCAGACUCCGCAAAGGCAAGCUCGGGGGCCAGUUCUGGAGCGCGUUUGUGCCAUGCCCCAAGGACGAUGAGAGCAAGGGGGCAAUUCUGUUGUCAACACUUCAGCAGAUUGACCUACUGCAUGGAAUCUUUGAGCAGUAUUCUCAGAUCUUCACAUUCGCGACUCACUCCUCAGAGAUUAUCCCCGCCUUCAGAACUGGGAGGCUCGUCAGCCUGCUUGGCAUCGAAGGCCUUCACCAAAUUGGCGGGAGUCCCAGCGUGCUUCGGAUGCUCUACCGGCUGGGGGUGAGAUAUGCUACCCUGUGCCACAACAAAGGAAACGAGUUCGCCGACAGUGCCACCGCGGAGGGCGCCCAUGGUGGGCUCUCAAAAUUGGGGCGGAAGGUAGUACAAGAGAUGAACAGAAUCGGGAUGAUCGUGGACUUGGCGCAUACUAGCCACGAGGCACAGCUCGAUGCUUUGAAGUACGGCGAGGCCCCAGUCAUUUUCUCGCACUCGUCAUGUUACGAGCUUUGCCCAAAUCCUCGAAAUGUUCGAAAUGAAGUGCUACAGAAACUUAAAGCAAAUCGCGGCCUCAUCAUGAUCUGCUUCAUUCCCUCUCUUGUCACCCCACCGGAAGCAGGACAAGCUGGCGUAUCCGGAGAUCGCAAAUCUCCGAGCGUGGCAUCCGUUGUUGAUCACAUCACGUAUGUGGGCGACACGAUUGGUUACGCUCACGUGGGCAUCGGAUCCGAUUUUGAUGGAAUGCUUGAAGGGCCCCCUGAUUUGGACGACACUUCUUGCUUCCCGAGCAUAGUCGAGGAGCUUCUGAGACGAGGGGUCGAUGAGGACGAUGUGAAGCUCGUUAUGGGCUUGAAUGUGAUCCGAGUCAUGGAAGAGGUUGAGAGCGUGAGCAGGACCGCCCAAAACAUCGAUAACUGGGAUGUACUCUGUGAUGAUAUUGCGUCGCCUUGGACUGAUGAGCAGGUGUCGUUGCUGGUGGCCAGGGGCUCACUACGGAACACGAAUGGGACAAGCAGCCUUCACUGA